AUGAGAUCUCUUUAUCAAUCAGAGCUACCAUCCGACAAAGACCUUCAUUUUCUCCUUCCCUUCUCUCCACCGAUCGGAAAUCGCUUCUCCUUACAAGCCCAACAUCCGAUUGACGAGUUCGAUUCUCCUCUUCUGGUUACACAAAGGUAUGUUGUGCUUACCAUCGUUCAUCUACCUUUUCUCCAUCCACACUCGCCAACUUCCUCGAAAAGAGCAGAUGAAAAGGGAGACCCACCAGUUCAUAAAGGUUCACAGAUGAUGGAUAAUAUGGACCUCUAUGCUCCUGAUACUUUGGAUCCAGCCUUAGCAAGAAACAAAGAAAUCGAAGCAUCACUAGCAGAUGCAAUUUCACAAGGCAUGGAAGCCAAAGCUGCUGCAAAACAAGCCCAAAAAGAUGGAGCCAAAGCUGCAAAAAUGGCACCCCGGAAAGCUAAACGGAUCAUUGGCCCGAUUAUUUCUUCCGGGUGGGAUUUCUUUGAAGCCAUUUAUUAUGGAGGAACUGUAACUGAAGGGUUUCUUAAGGGUACAGGAACAUUCUCUAGGACUUAUUUUGCUGGGUAUUUAGGGGAAGAAAGGAACACAACUUAUCCUAGUGCCAACUUCAGCCAUGAUCAACGUUCAGAACCUCAAUCAAGAAACCGUCAAGAUGGAUUGAGUGUGGCAGCUACUGGCACUGUUUCAGCAACAAGAUAUGCAGUACUUACAACAACAACCUUAGCAAAAUCAAUGGUUGCUAGGCAAGGUCCUAUAGCUAUGGCUGCUCAUCAGAUAUGUUUGCAAGUUUGGUUGGCUGUUUCUCUGAUUACAUAUGUAUUGGCAGCAUCUGGUAAGGUGUUGAUUGCUAGUUCGGUUUCAGAAGGGGAUUAG